GUCCAUAGAUCAUGCCUUCCCUCCCCCUCUCUCCUAUUUAAUCCAAACUGAGUGACACUCUCCAUACUCAGCUUCGCGCACACACUAGAAAGUGCAGGCCCAUUUGUUUGCUUCACUUCUGCUUCUUCUUCCACCAACAAAGGCCAUGGUCAUGGCUGAAAAACAGAUCUUUGUUUCCAUUGUCUUUGUUUUGCUCUUAGUUGUUUUCUCUAGUGCUAGUCAUCACCACGCAGUGAAUGAAGAAGAAGAAGCAGACAGGAUAUCCUCACUUCCUGGCCAGCCUAAGGUCUCUUUUCAACAAUUCUCUGGCUAUGUUACAGUAAACAAAGCUGUUGGUAGAGCUCUCUUUUACUGGCUCACCGAGGCUGUCCAUGACCCCUUGUCUAAACCCUUGGUUGUUUGGCUCAAUGGAGGUCCUGGUUGCUCUUCUGUGGCGUAUGGUGCUUCUGAGGAGAUAGGCCCAUUUAGAAUCAACAAGACUGCCUCGGGAUUAUACCUCAACAAGUUUUCAUGGAACUCUGUGGCCAACCUCUUGUUCCUGGAAACUCCUGCUGGUGUUGGCUUCUCUUACAGCAACCGGUCCUCUGAUGUGCUUGACACUGGCGAUGUUCGCACUGCCAUGGACUCACUGGAGUUCCUGCUUGGAUGGAUGAAUCGCUUCCCGCGAUUCAAGCACCGGGAAGUGUACCUUACUGGCGAGAGUUAUGCAGGCCAUUAUGUUCCUCAGCUGGCUAGAGAAAUUACAAAGUACAAUAAAAGGUCCAAGCAUCCAAUAAAUCUCAAAGGAUUUAUGGUUGGGAAUGCAGUUACAGACAACUAUUAUGACAACCUUGGAACAGUGACAUACUGGUGGAGCCAUGCAAUGAUCUCUGAUAAAACAUAUCAGCAGCUCGUCAACACUUGUGAUUUUCGAAGGCAGAAGGAGUCAGACGAAUGUGAAUCAUUGUAUAGUUAUGCCAUGGAUCAAGAAUUUGGCAAUAUUGACCAGUACAACAUUUAUUCACCCCCUUGUAACAACUCUGAUGGCAGCACCUCCACUCGUCACACUAUUCGAUUGCCUCACCAUCCCCAUAAGGUUUUCCGACAAAUAUCUGGCUAUGAUCCUUGUACUGAAAAAUAUGCUGAGAUCUAUUACAAUAGGCCGGAUGUGCAGAAAGAACUUCAUGCCAAUGUGACCAACAUUCCAUACAAGUGGACUGCUUGCAGUGAGGUCCUAAAUCGCAACUGGAACGACUCGGAUGUUUCAGUUCUCCCAAUUUACAGAGAAAUGCUUGCUAGUGGAUUGAGGAUUUGGGUAUUCAGUGGCGACGUCGACUCAGUGGUCCCAGUUACAGCUACUAGAUUCUCCCUUGCAAAUCUUAAAUUAGAAACAAAGAUCCCAUGGUAUCCUUGGUAUGUUAAGAAGCAGGUGGGAGGCUGGACAGAGGUAUACGAAGGGCUGACUUUUGCAACAGUGAGAGGGGCUGGCCAUGAAGUGCCACUUUUCAAGCCCAGAGCAGCUCUUCAGCUAUUCAAAUCAUUCUUGAAAGGGGAUCCCCUUCCUAGGUCUUGAAAUAAAACAAAAAAGGAAAGAAAAAUCUCUCCAAUUUAGUAAAACAUAGUUUCUUUCGUGUUGUUAUUGUUGCAAUGUAGACAGAGAUUUUAUUUAACCAUUGAGGAAUUUCAGUAGGAAGAAAGAGUUUGACUGUGUAAGAGCAGGGAGAGGCAGAUGGAAUGGAGAGGGUUUUGCUCUGUGAUUGUGCUUUA